GUCAGAAAUGUCCCUCGCGACCACGGCCGGCGGCCACGCCCGCGUCCGCCACGUCACGUUCCAAGGCUUCUCGCCUUCCGGCUUCCUCGAGAUCGCGACGGACCGGUGCAGCGGCAAAGUGCUCGACGUCGAGCUCGACCCGAUCGUCGAGAUCGCCUGGUUCGUGCCUGCCGCAGGAUUCCAGUUCCGCAUCCGCGGCCGGGCCGCCAUCAUCGGCGAGGCGCACGAGUUCUUCAACGCGCGCGGCACCCUCCGCAUCCCGCCCACCGCCGACGAGUGCUCGUACGCGUACUGGGCCGAGCAGCGCGCCCAGGUGUUUAGCUCGCUCGGCCCCGUGGCCAAGAAGUACGACCACGCGCCGCCGCGCGGCGCACGCGUGCCCCCCAACACCGACUAUGCGCACUUCAACUUUGUCAUUGUCGCGAUCGUGCCUGAGCGCGUCGAGGUGCUCGACCUCGCCAAGAAGGGGUACACGACGUGGAUUGUAGAAAAGGGCGAGUGGGUCGAGGAGGAGCAGCCGCCCGUGCUGAUGGAGCGCGCCCACAUCUAGGUUUGGGGGAUUGAUUGCAUUGGCGCGCACGGAGGUGCAUGGACCUCCGGGAAGCAGUUGCUGAAACAAGGGCGAGUGGGUGCGUGGCAUGGCUGGGCACACUCACACGCCGAUCUACUGAUACAUUGAUGGCAGCGACACGAGACAAGGCGAGGAAAAUGAUGGUGUGGUCCCGGC